CCUGACGCCGCGGGGGCGCGCCUAAGGGGCAACGGGCACGCGGCCGGCACCGCGAGCCGAGCCAGGCCAGGCCGGGCGGGACCACCGGCGCUGAGGUAGCCCGCGCGCACCCCGCUCCCACAGGCCGCGGGGCUGCGUGCGCCGCCCUUUCUCCCUGCGGCGCGGCCGCUUCAUCCUUCACUCCGCGGCUCCGGGUUAGCGCUGGGCAGCGGAGCAGGGGCUGAAAGACACACAGGACUCUUCAUGGAUAUAGUUGAUACAUUUAACCAUUUAAUUCCUACUGAACACUUAGAUGAUGCCCUAUUUCUAGGAUCCAACCUGGAGAAUGAAGGCUGUGAGGAUUUUAGUACAAGUCAAAAUGUCUUAGAGGAUUCGCUGAAGAACAUGCUCAGCGAUAAGGAUCCUAUGCUAGGAUCUGCAAGUGCCCAGUUCUGUUUGCCUGUUUUGGAUAGCAAUGAUCCCAAUUUCCAGAUGCCUUGUUCAACAGUGAUUGGUCUUGAUGAUAUUAUGGAUGAAGAAGGAGUUAAAGAGAGUGGGAAUGACACCAUUGAUGAUGAUGAGCUUGUUUUACCUAAUAGGAAUUUGAGGAGCCGUUGUGAAGAAACAUCAGUCACAUCACCAAGAAAAUCACCACGAUUAAUGGCACAAGAACCAGUACGGAGUUUGCGACAGAGCACGCUAGCCAAGCGUUCAAAUGUUGCACCUCUAGUUAAUACCAAGAAAUCGUCUGUCAAAAGUGGAUCUGCUCCAAAAACCGGACAGAAACAAGAGAGAAGUCCAGCUAAAGAGGCAGAUGUUGCUGCACCUUUGAAAACGGAGCAGCCUAAAGAAGUUAGACGUAGUACAAGAAGAUCAGGACAGAUAGAAGGAACUGCAGCAGCAGUUACUGCAUCCCAGAGUCAUGCAGAAUGCCUUCCUGGUCCUGAAGACAUGAAUGAAGUAACGUCUGAAACUCCUGACCAGGCAAAAGUUGAGGAAGCAUCCCAAGAGUUAAGUUGUGCUAGUUUAGCAGGAGCUUGUUCUCCUUCUUCUGGAGAAAGAAAGGAAAUAACAGAGGUUUCAGCAAAGACUGAAUCUGAAAAUGUUGAGUCAAUUUGUUCAGUAUCUGCAGAUACUGAAAUUACUGCAGUUAAAAAUGAAGCAAAUGAUAUGCUUGAUUCAGUGGUCUCUGAAACUUCUUCAGAAGAAAAGACUGAAAAUAAAACAGAGGAAUUGGAGAAGAAAACAGAAGAGCAUGAACAAAGUGGGGUAACUGGAAAAACUAAUGAUCCAUCUAGUGUUUGUGUGAAUCCAAGUGAAAUCUCUGAGACCUUUUCGAGUUUGUCCAGCUCUGUAGAGGAGGGGGUUGAUUGUAUUUUAGGUUCCCAGAAUGUGGAAGUUCCUGAUGAAAAUACGUUGUCAGUAAAGGAAUGUAUAACAGAACCUGCAAAUAAUGACAAGGAGAAAACUGUAACUUCAUCUGAGAAACCAUUGGACAGUACAGAUUUUGAUAAUAAAGACUUAAAAAGCAAAGAGUUUACUUCUGCUGACCCAGGAAUUAGCAUUUUGGAAAGCACUGAUCUUGACCAGGCAAGCCAAAAUAUACAGCAGCAGAUAAGCACUAAAACAGAAAGCCCUGAAGCAGCAAAGUUUCAGGACGGUGAUAAACAAGUUAGCAUUCCAUCAAAAUGUGACAAGCAUAUUAGGCCCCGGCAUAGUAAAUCUGUUACGCAGAAUAAACAAAAUCUGGCUGCAGGUACUCGACAGAAGUCGGGUACAGCACAACAAGAAAUAACACGUUCAAGAACAAGAGCUGGUCUUACAGUUUCAGGUCUUCAUAGUCCAUAUUCAGCAAGUCUGAAGCGGAAUGCGGAUGAUCAAGAGAGCCAUCAGCAUCCAAGUAACCCAGUUAAAAUUAGAAAGAAACAGUCUGACCUGAGUUCGAAAGCAAAGAGCUGUAUUUCAGGGGUGACGGUAAAAAAGCAGACCAAUACGAUGCUGAAGAAAAUACCCCGAGUCCAAACUUCUGGGCAAAUGCAGAAGUCAUCAGUUCAAAGAGCAAGUGAGAAAUCUCCUACUCAUCAUAGCUUUUCUAAAGAUACCCACCACUCUGCACACUCCUUGUCAGGGCAUGUUUCAAAUCUUGGACAGAAGCAAGCUCAGGGCCAGAAACACCAGCUUACAACUGUUCUAAAAACAAAUAGCUCCACAAAGGAAGAGGCAGAGACAAAAGAUCCCACUGUUGUAGAACAUCUGAAGGAGGAUGAUAAAGAAAAAAACAAAUCAAAAAGAAUUGAUAAGAAUCUCCAACCUCGCCAGAGAAGAAGUAGCAGAAGUCUUUCACUUGAUGAACCUCCGUUGUUCAUUCCAGAUAACAUUUCCACAGUUAAACGGGAAGGCUUGGAACACACCUCUGUUAGUGAAAGCAAAUAUGUUUGGGUGCCCAACAAGCAGUGUGGCUUUUGCAGGAAGCCACAUGGCAACAGGUUUAUGGUAGGCUGUGGAAGAUGUGAUGAUUGGUUUCAUGGUGAUUGUGUUGGACUGAGCCUUUCUCAAGCACAGCAGAUGGGUGAAGAAGAUAAAGAAUAUGUGUGUGUGAAAUGCUGUGCUGAAGAAGACAAAAAAAUUGAGUGUUUGGAUCAAAGUGUACCAGAUAGUCAAGUGAAAACUGAAAUCCACAGAGAAGAAAGUCAGUGUGAAAAACUGGGGAUGUCGAAGCAAACACCUGCUUGUAAUCUGAACAUAACAACUGAAAAAACAAAGCAAAUGGAGGACACUGGGAAGCACAAAGUCAAAAUCUUCAGACGGGAAUCUGGUGAUGGGAAGAACUUGACAGAGUCCAGAGACUCAGAUAUGAAAAAAGGGCAACACAUUCCUGCUCGAAAAGGAUCACAAACUGGUGUAGUUCCUCGGCGGUCCCCUGAAGACAAAAGUGAAAAAAUAAGUAAAGAAUCCCUUAGUGUGGUGGAAAGGUCCACAAAAUCAGGUGUUCAUGAGAAACAAGAAAUUAAGAAAAAGAAAAAUGAGAAAGGAUCCUUUAGUGCAACACACCUGCCAGCUGUGCCAGCUUCCAAACCUUCUGCUGAUCAGAUAAGACAAAGUGUCAAGCAGUCUCUUAAGGAAAUUCUGAUGAAAAGAUUGACAGACUCCAGUUUAAAGAUUCCUGAGGAGAGAGCAGCAAAAGUUGCCACAAGGAUUGAAAGAGAGCUGUUUUCUUUUUUUCGGGACACUGAUUCAAAGUACAAGAACAAAUACAGAAGUUUAAUGUUCAAUCUAAAAGAUCCAAAAAAUAAUAUAUUAUUUAAGAAAGUAUUGAAAGGAGAGGUUACUCCUGACCAUCUAAUAAAAAUGAGCCCAGAAGAACUGGCUUCCAAGGAACUUGCUGCUUGGAGACAAAGAGAAAACAGACACACAAUAGAAAUGAUCGAGAAAGAACAGAGGGAAGUUGAAAGAAGACCUAUCACAAAAAUUACUCACAAAGGAGAAAUAGAAAUUGAAAGUGAAACACCAAUGAAAGAACAAGAGGAAGCCAUGGAAAUUCAGGAACCUCAUACGAAGUUGUUUGAGAAGUCAGAGGAAGCUGAAAAAGAUAAGGAUAUAAAUGAAUCUGCAUCUCCAGACACCACAAGUCAACAUAAAAAUCAUCUCUUUGAUCUUAACUGCAAAAUCUGCAUAGGACGAAUGGCACCACCUACCGAUGAUCCUUCUGCAAAAAAAGUGAAAGUGUCUGUUGGAGUUGCAUGGAAGCAAUCAGACAAUGAAGCAGAGAGCAUUGCAGAUGCACUUUCUUCAACAUCAAGUAUUUUAGCUUCUGAAUUACUAGAAGAUGAUAAGCAAGACUCAUCAAAGUCAUCAUUCACACCUCUCCCAAAAUCAGAAACACCUGGUACUGUGGAAUGUGAAAGCCUCUUUCUGGCACGCCUGAAUUUCAUUUGGAAGGGUUUUAUCAAUAUGCCUUCAGUGGCCAAGUUUGUCAUUAAGGCUUAUCCAGUUUCUGGCUCUUUUGAAUAUUUAACAGAGGAUUUACCUGAUAGUAUUCAAGUAGGUGGUAGGAUAUCUCCUCACACUGUCUGGGAGUAUGUAGAAAAAAUCAAAGCUUCGGGGACCAAGGAGAUCUGUGUAGUUCGCUUUACCCCAGUAACUGAAGAGGAUCAGAUAUCCUAUGCGUUACUGUUUGCCUAUUUCAGCAGUAGAAAGCGCUACGGUGUAGCAGCUAAUAACAUGAAGCAGGUGAAAGAUUUGUACCUCAUACCUUUAGGUUCCUCAGAUAAAGUCCCACAUCAUCUUGUGCCUUUUGAUGGGCCUGGGAUUGAAAUACAUCGACCAAAUUUAUUACUGGGAUUGAUAAUUCGCCAGAAAAUGAAGAGGCAGAUUACUGCUGUUGCAAGUGUGACUAAUAGUUUUGCUGAUGAAGCUUCUGAAAGUACCUUGAGUAACUUGCCACCAGAGAAGAAAAGCAAGCCAAACAAACCUGAAGUCUCUCAUCACGAGUUGACAAUAGAAGAAGAAGAGGAAAAUGAUUUUUUUAAUUCCUUCACAACUGUGCUACACAAGCAGAGAAAUAAACCUCAGCAAUCUGCUACAGAAGACAUUCCAGCCGUUACUGAACCAUUGGUGGAAAGUAUCAAACAUGAACUGCCAAAGCCUCUCAGAUUUCUUCCUGGAGUCCUGGUUGGGUGGGAAAAUCAGCCUUCUACUCUGGAGCUAGCAAACAAACCGUUGCCAGUGGAUGAUAUUCUUCAAAGCCUGUUGGGUACUACAGGGCAGGUAUAUGAGCACAGCAAGUCAGAAACAAGUACCAGUGAAGAUAUACCAUUAUUAAAUGAACAGCCAACCUUAAAAGAAGAAAACAUGGAUGUUACUGAUGUAACUACUGAAGUUAGUGAAGCAAAGACUGGUUUGGAUGAUCUACAAGAAGCCACUGACACUGCUGUAACUGUGGAUGCAGCAGCUGUAGGGACCUCAAGUUCUGCAAGAAGUGCUGGAUCUUUGAUAGGACUGAGUCUUAAGGGAAAGCCUCCAGAUGUCUCCACAGAAGCAUUUUUAGCAAAUUUAUCUGCUCAUUCACAGAAUAAGGAAACUGAGGAAAGUAAGGAAAAUGACCCAAAGCAGCAGUUAACCGACAAGGAUAAUAAUGUUGCACAGGAAGUUAGGACCACAAAUUCCAUCUUUUCUUCCUCAUCAAAUGCAGGGAAAAAGCCUAGUGAGAGCAAUGUUAAUAUAGGCACUGCUGAAGGUACCACUUCUAAUGCCUCUAAAUCAUCGCCAUUUAUUAAUCUUAAGAGAGACCCACGACAGGCAGCUGGACGGAGCCAGCAGGCUAAUGCUUCAGAAAACAAGGAAGGAGAUGUUAGCAGAAAUGAAGACAGACAGAAUGCUUCAGGAAGUGAUCAAACAGAACCAGAGAAUAAGCAGUCUUCUGGAGAAGUGGGUGUAAACCUGUAUCAAAGCGAUGCACAAAGCAGUGAGACACAGUACAGUUCAACUGCAGCAAAAGCAGAUAACACAGUUACAUCACAAGCGGAAGAUGCCAAACACUUACAGGAGGAUGCAAUGAUGCAAAACAUUGAAACUCUAAAUUCAUUUAGAAGAGGACCAGCAGCAACUUCAUCUCAUUUUGAAACCGAAAACUCUUCUCGUUCUGAAUUUAUUUCCAAUGUUCCAAGCCCUAUUGCAAGUGCUAGCUUCUCAUCUGUUAGACCUCCACAGCAGAAUUUUCAGCAUCCUAAAUCUAAUCCACCUGGAUUUCAGUUUCAGGCUCCUGCACCUCAUAACUUCCCUCCACAAAACAACCCUAUGUUUGGAUUUCCUCCUCAUUUACCACAUCCACUUCUUCCUCCUCCUGGCUUUGGCUUUCCUCAAAAUCCUAUGAUGCCAUGGCCAGUAGGUCAUUUAUCAGGUCAGCCACCACACUAUGCCGGACCCAUUGCACAAGGGCUACCAGUGGCUCACAAACAAUCAAGAUUUAUGGGGCCAGAAAAUUUUUUUCAGAGCAAAGACAGUAGGAGACCAGAAAGACGCCACAGUGAUCCUUGGGGCAGACAGGAACAGCAUCUGGAGAGAGGGUUCAGUAGAAGCAAAAAUGAUCAACAUAGACAAAGAUUUUACAGUGAUUCCCAUCACCAAAAGAAAGACAGACAUGAAAAAGAGUGGAACAAUGAAAAAUACUGGGAGCAAGAUUCUGAAAGAAAUAGACGCAGAGACAGAAACCAGGAAAAAGAGAGAGAUAGGAAGAGUAGGGAGGAAGGCCAGAGAGACAAAGAAAGAUUGCGAUCUCCACACAGUGAUAGGGCUGCUGAUGGAAAAAGCCCCAGAGAGACUAGAAAUCCAGAAAAAAAGACAGAGAAGCCUAAAAGUGAAGAACAGCCUCAUGAAAAAGAUAAGGAGAGGGAGAAAAGCAAAGAGAAGCAUAGAGAACGAGACAGUGAAAAGAACAGAGAGAGACAUAGGGACCACAAUGACAGAAGUAAAAGCAAAAGGUAAAAAGAUGCAGGCAGUCUUUUAGAAUUUUAUUUAAGUAAACUGUUCAGAAUAAUGUCGUAAAACUUUGUAUAAAACAAAAGAAAAAGCCUGCUAGGAUUGUGCCAUCUUUUUUAUUCUGUGUUGGUGUUUUGCAGAAACAAGUCUGUGUUUUGGUACCACUUGAUGUACCAAUACUCAUCCUUUUUUUCAUUAUACCAACUAUUGCUAGAAGUAGGAGUUUAAUAUUUUUAAAAAUUUUACAUUGCUGUAUAUUCAAAAUUUUAAAGAUUUCUUUUAUUAAUAUGCAAUAAAGGCUUAGAAGUUUUCUUAGCUGAUGAAGUUGGCUUUAGUCAAGUCUGCAAUAUAGUUGCUGCCUUUGGUAAUUUGUGCUCUCUUCUGUUUUAAGAUGCUUGGAUAAUUUUAAAGGUGAAUUUCAUACAGUAACCUUUUUAAAUUGCACUGUUUUUAAAGACUGUAGCAGAGCCUCAGAAUUCACACACCUUACAACAAAAUUGAACAUGCUUGGUGGUGUAAAGAGUUUUUGAAUUAUUUGGUAGUACAAUAAAACAAUUCAAGUAUAUUUCAUUAGUUUUUCAAGUAUUUCCUAAGCAUCUGAAGCAGUUUGUGACCAGAAAUUGGAAGGCUGAGCUGCUCGAAUGUUAUUGCUUUAAACGGCACUCAUUUUAAUAAGAAAUCAUUUUUAACCUGAACUCUUAAAAACAUGAUUUGUAGUAGUAAAUUCAUUUCUCCCAGAAAUUCCCAUGCUUCAAAAACUUGAAUACUUAAGCUUGUACAUUACGUUGUGUUUUGCUAUCCUUUUUACUGUAAAAUGUAAAUAUUUUAAGGGAUAUUUUGAUUCUAAAAUGAUAAAACUUUCUCACAUGCUGUGUGUGUUUGAUUUCGUAGGUGUGAAACUGUAGGCUGAAUGAAUACAGCAGGCUGAGUUACAGAGUGCCACAUUUGUUGUAUGCUUCAUGGCUUGGUCAUUUCAAAUUUUGGGGGGCAAAUGGAGGGGGAAGAAGGGCAGAAUGUUUAUUGUGCCAUUGGGACUUCUAGUAAAUUGAUAUUUUGCAGUGACUGCUAUCUACUGAUGCAAGCUAAAAAGCCAGAAAAGAUGCAAACCUGAAGACAAGCUAAGAUGUCCUGCUCUUACACUUCUUAAAAUACACUGGUCAUUUUGUUGAGUCUGUCAGAAACAACAGAAAUAUUCCAACAUAUAAAGGAAAACCUAUUUGUUGUUCUGGUUUUCAGUGUUUUGUUUUUUAUUUUACUUUGAGUACAUCACUUUAUGUGCUGAUGAAGCAUUUGCACUUUGCUGUAGAAAAACCUCUUCUUUCCAGAAAGGUCUUUCCAGUUUAACAGCAUACUAAUGGUUAGUUUUAAUUACAAAUGAAUUUUAAGGUAAAAUUCCAUUUGGAUACCUUGCAGGUAGUUUCAUUGUCAAACUGACUAAAAUGAAAAAUCUUGCACGGAAUAAAGGGGGUGGUAGAGUGUUAUUAGGUAAUGUUUCUUAGACUAAUAGUUGAGAAGAUGCAUAAAGAAACAUCCUCAGUUUUUGGAAACUAGAAACAGCAUUACGCUUUUAUAGCGUAAUAACAUUAUGUGAUUAAAUUAGUCUUUUCCAAAUUUAUUCCGUGGUCUGUAUAGCAGUAGUGCCAUUGAAUAUAUCUGACAGUAUUAUGCAUGUGUUGUUUAAAUAUUUACAUCAGAGUUUUUUAGGCAUAGAAUCGCAUCAAAGCAUUGUUUUGAUUUUUAGAGGAAAUUUUAAAAUUGGUAGCUCUGUUUGUAAAGGUUUUCUUUUAACCUCUUCCAGUGUAGUCUAUUCCUGAUCCACUGGUGAUCCAUUUCUCAUAUUCACAUUCAUUUACGCUUCAAAAAUAAAUUGGGAGCAGUGAAAAUUAACUGUCCGUACAGAAGGGAUGGGAAUGCUUUCUAACAGAACUACCAGAAAUAGUUUGUUUGGAAAGAAUAUGUAAAUGUUUUCCAGGUUUGCCAAGUGCUUUGCUAUCUGCCUUGUGUAUGUAGAAUCCAAAAAGAGCUACAGUAAAGCACCUUUUGAGAGAGAGUUUUGUUAAGAGUUUAAAUUAACAAGCAGCAACAAUUUCCAGGAUUUCGUCCUAGAAUCUGAGUUGUUGUAAUAGGAAUAAAUCCCAUUACUACAGGAAUAAAGGAUUUUGUCUUCA